UGUUUGCCUGCGGUCGAUUACUGGAUGGCAAGGUCUGUUAGCUCAAUUAUUGCAAAAAGGUAUUUGGAUGCAAAUGAAAAUUGCGAAAAUAAAUAAACAGAUUAGGUCUCCAGCGUCUCUUCCUAAAUUAAUAAGGGUAGGAGUUAACUGUAGACUACCGCGAGCAGAGGACUUUUAUUUAUUUAGUUUUUACGCACGCGUUCUGUCCGGUGAGGUGGUCUCGCACGAGCGUUAUGUGAUGACUGUCAUUCAAAAAACGAACUAGAUUUGAUCUCUCGCAUGUUUAAUAUUAACGUUCAAUAGUGUUCUUUGUAUUGGAGGGUACAAUUUUUUUCAAUAAUUGAGCAGCCACAGGUACUUGAGCGACAGUGCGUGCAGUUCAACAUUUAGUGGAUAUUGAUUUGUUGAUUAUUUGGAUUAGAUCACCUUUAAUGCAAAUGUAAAGGCAGUAAGAAUGAUAGACUUUCCGUUAGUGGGAAACCGAUUCAAUACAAAUCAUUGCUGCAGGACAUUUCAGAUUUGAAGUGUUGAAACCUGCGAUCCAGAAAGAAUGGGGCAUUUAUGGAUUUGCCUGCUCAUUUGUGAAAUAAUCCUGUUGUCGGACUGUGCACGGGGCCCUCCCCACGUGGCAGAGAAGAUCGCCCACCGGCAGACGGUGCGGAUCGGGCGCACCAUGAAGCUGCAGUGCCCCGUGGAGGGCGACCCUCCACCACUCAUCAUGUGGGCAAAGGAUGGCCGCAACAUCCACAGUGGCUGGAUGCGCUUCCGGGUGCUUCGGCAGGCACUGCGCAUCAAAGAGGUGGAGGCCGAAGACGCAGGUACCUUCAUCUGCAAGGCCACCAAUGGCUUUGGCAGCGUCAACAUCAACUACACCCUCAUCGUCGUCGAGGAUGCCAGCACUGGGAGGGACGGAGCAGGAACAGCGGGAGGCCCAGAAUACCCCACUGACCUCUCAGGGAAACUGGUCCGACCACGCUUCACGCAGCCAGCCAAGAUGAGGAAGCGCGUGAUCGCCCGGCCGGUGGGCAGCUCAGUACGGCUGAAGUGCACGGCCAGCGGGAACCCUCGUCCGGACAUCGUGUGGCUGAAGGACAACAAGCCACUGACCCCUGAGGAGGUGGGUGAGGGCCGUAAGAAGAAGUGGACCCUGAGUCUGAAGAAUCUGACCCCUGAGAACAGCGGGAAGUACACCUGCCACGUCUCCAACCGGGCUGGAGAGAUCAACGCCACAUACAAAGUGGAAGUCAUCCAGCGGACAAAUUCCAAGCCUAUCCUGACCGGCACCCAUCCGGUGAACACCACGGUGGACUACGGCGGUACCACCUCAUUCCAGUGUAAGGUCCGCAGUGAUGUCAAGCCGGUGAUUCAGUGGCUGAAGAGGGUGGAGCCGGGGGACGAGAACAAGUACAACUCCACCAUCGAGGUGGGCGACCAUGGCUUCGUGGUGCUGCCCACUGGAGAGGUGUGGUCCAGGCCAGACGGCUCCUACCUCAACAAGCUGCUCAUCACCCGGGCCAAGGAGGAGGACGCUGGGAUGUACAUCUGUCUGGGUGCCAACACCAUGGGUUACAGCUUCCGCAGUGCUUACCUCACUGUCCUGCCAGACCCAAAGCCUCACCACACUCCCAUCCCCACGGCUACCUCUCCCAGCCUGCCCUGGCCUGUGAUCAUCGGCCUCCCAGCAGGGUUGGUGUUCAUCCUGGGUACUGUCCUGCUGUGGUUCUGUCAAUCCAAACGCCACUGCUCCUCUGGAGGUGUGGUCACUGCCCAGGCCCUGACCGCCUUACAGCGCCCGCCCCCACGGGUACCAGCCUGCCCCCCCAGCGGGGACAAAGACUGCCUGAGCUACUACAUGACCCAGCAGCAGCAGCUCCUCCUGGCCCAGGGAGGCAGCAGUCUGGCGGUCCCUAAAGUCUACCCAAAGAUCUACACAGACAUCCACACACACACACACUCACACAUGGAUGGAAAAGUGCACCAACACCAGCAUAUCCACUACCAAUGUUAGCUGCCACUGUCCCGACAGGCCCUCAUGUCUGCAGUGUUGGGUCAGCUCCCACCACCUCCCCUCCACAUGCCCAGUCCUGCUUUCCUCCUAAAGACCCAGCCAAACAGUCUGAGCUGGGGUCUGCACACAAACCCUCUUACUGCUAAAUACUAUACUGAACCAAGGCCCUGGGGAACAUGGACACAGUCAGGAUAGAUAGCACCCUCCAUGAGGUACAGAAUAAGGGACAUGGAAAUGCCUUCAGGAAUCCCACAUGAACUAAUGUGAGUCCAAAUGAAGCAAUAUUUCACACAGAACCCCACUCUGCAGAGAGAUGGCAACAUUUGUUUCUCUAGUCUGGUUCAAUCUGCACAAACUCACAGUGACUGAAAUGAGUGAAUGUAUAGAGUUAGCUCUGUCUCAUUUGAGAAUCUUUACUCUGUAGUAUUCAUUUCCUGCAACACCUCUCUGGCCUUCAUGUGCAGUGUCUGUGGAAGGGUCCAAGAGGAUUAUGUAUAUUAGCUCCACAUUUUUGUCAGAUGCACAGCCUCAGCAAGCACCAAAAGGAAUACGAUGCAAUGUAAAAUGUUCACAGAUUUUAUGGAUUUCUGUUGGAUUGAAUCAGAAUCCAAAUGUGCCUUCACAUCCUGAGAAGGUCAGAAGCAGGUCAAACCAACAGAGACACAGCGGGAUUGAGUCAACAAAGAUUGCAUGUAUUUUGUUUCUCAAAACGGUUUUGUUCAAGGAAAAGGACCUGCAAGCAUUACAGUCUUUUGUCUGUUGUAUGUGUACGUGAAUGGGAAAUUAUUUAUGGGUAAUAGGAAAUGGUAUGAAAUCGUGUAAAGAACGUUAUAAUUCCUAAGGCCGAUCAUAUUGUCACUAUCCUAAAAAAGAACCUAGAUACUGAAAUAUUCAGGAUUACAGCAACGCAUACAAUAAUUCUGUGUUCUUCACGUUAUUACUUGGGUUUUACAGGUCACUGACAUGUGGGCUUCAUGGUCAGUGGUACUGUUGGGCUGAUCCAAACCGCAGGGGCACCCAAUCACAAAAGGACUUGUUCAACUUUUGAAUUCUCAGGUGGCCAUCUUUCUUUUUGUCUCUUGUUCUUUGGGUGUGUAUAGGGUAUAACUCUAACCACUAUAGGAAACUGUGGAAUAUGCUCAUGUAAUGGAACCCUUUUUAAGCUUUGAGAAGAGAAACGGAAAGCUUCCCAAAAACCAAAAUACAGUAUGAUUGCUGCAUUGUCUGUGAAAAGUGUCCUCAAACUGAUUGUUCAGUUGUUCUGUGUUUUACCCCAGUAUUUGUUGUGUCAAAGCUAAUGGACUGCCAGAUUCAGAAUUCAUGCACUUAUUCCAAGUAUGUUGAUCAAAGUAGUGUUAAAGUUCAUCUAUUACUUUCAGCCUUUUGGGGGAAUCUAGAAUCAUGGAAUAUACCCUGUUGAAUUGACCUACAAAUUGAAAUCCUAAGUAAUUGUCUAGACUAAAAAUAUAUAUAUAUUUAUACACAGUGCAUUCUGAAAUUAUUCAGACCCCUUGACUUUUUCGUUUUCCCCCUCAAUCUACGCACAAUACCCCAUAAUGAAAAAGCAAAAACAGGUUUAGACAUUUUUGCACAUGUAUACUUUUAUUUAUUUUUUAUAUCACAUUUACAUAAGCAUUCAGACCCUUUACUCAGUACUUUGUUGAAGCACCUUUGGCAGCGAUUACAGCCUUGAGUGUUCUUGGGUGUGACGCUACAAGCUUGGCACACCUGUAUUUGGGGAGUUUCUGCUGCACAGCUAUUUUCAGGUCUCUCCAGAGAUGUUCAAACGGGUUCAAGUCUGGGCUCUGGCUGGCUGUGUGCUUCGGUUUCUUGCCCUGUUGGACGCUGAACCUUCGCCCCAGUCUGAGGUCCUGAGCGCUGAGGUUUUCAUCAAGUAUCUCUCUGUACUUUGCUCCGUUCAUCUUUCCCUCGAUCCUGACUAGUCUUCCAGUCCCUGCUGCUGAAAAACAUCCCCACAGCAUGGUGCUGCCACCACCGUGCUUCACAGUAGGGAUGGUGCCAGGUUUCCUCCAAACGUGACACUUAGGAUUCAGGCUAAAGAGUUCAAUCUUGGUUUCAUCAGACAAGAGAAUCUUGUUUCUCAUGGUCUGAGAGUCCUUUAGGUGCCUUUUGGCAAACUCCAAGCUGGCUGUCAUGUGCCUUUUACUGAGGAGUGGUUUCUGUCUGGCCACUACCAUAAAGGACUGAUUGGUGGAAUGCUGCAGAGAUGGUUGUCCCUCUGGAAGGUUAUCCCAUCUCCACAGAGGAACUCUGGAGCACUGUCAGAGUGACCAUCAGGUUCAUGGUCACCUCCCUGACCAAGGCCCUUCUCCCCCGUUUGCUCAGUUUGGCCGGGCGGCCAUCUCUAGGAAUAAUCUUGGUGGUUCCAAACUUCUUCCAUUUAAGAAUGAUGGAGGCCACUGUGUUGUUGGGGAUCUUUAAUGAUGCAGACAUUUUUUGGUCCCCUUCCCCAGAUCUGUACCUUGACACAAUCCUGUCUCGGAGCUCUACGGACAAUUCCUUUCAACCUCAUGGCUUGGUUUUUGCUCUGACAUGCACUGUCAACUGUGGGACCUUAUAUAGACAGGUGUGUGCCUUUCCAAAUCAUGUCCAAUCAAUUGAAUUUACCACAGGUGGACUCCAAUCAAGUUGUAGAAACAUCUCAAGGAUGGUCAAUGGAAAACGGAUGCACCUGAGCUCAAUUUAGAGUCUCAUAUCAAAGGAUCUGAACACCUAUGUAAAUAAGGUAUUUCUGUGUUUUGUGUUUAAUACAUUUGCUAAAAUUUCUAAAAAGCUGUUUUUGCUUUGUCGUUAUGGUUUAUUGUGUGUAGAUUGAUGAGGAAGAAAAUGUAUUUAAUCCAUUUUAGAAUAAGGCUGUAUUAUAACAAAAUGUGGAAAAAGUCAAGGGGUUUGAAUACCUUCCGAAUGCAUAUACACAGUUCUGUGAAAAAGUCCCCCCCCCCAUUCUAAUUUUCUCGACUUUUGCAUAUUUUUGAUACUGAAUGUUAUCAGAUCUUCAACCAAAACCUCAUAUUAGAUAAAGGAAACCUGAGUGAACAAAUAACACAACAAAGAUUUAGUUAUUUCAUUUAUUUCAUAAACAAAGUUAUGCCACACCCAAUGCCCCCUGUGUGAAAAAGUAAUUGCCCCCUUACACUGGUUGUGCCACCUUUAGCUGCAAUGACUCCAACCAAACGCUUCCUGUAGUAGUUGAUCAGUCUCUCACGUCUCUGUGGAGGAAUUUUGGCCCACUCUUCCAUACAGAACUGCUUUAACUCAGUGAUAUUUGUGGAGUUUUAAGUAUGAACUACUCGUUUCAAGUCCUGCCACAACAUCUCAAUUGGGAUUAGGUCUGGACUUUGACUAGGCCAUUUCAAAACUUUUUUUGCCAUUUUCAUGUAGACUUGAUUGUGUGUUUUGGAUUAUUGUCUUGCUGCAUGACCCAGCUAUGCUUCAGCUCACAGACGAAUGGCCUUACAUUCACCUGCAGAAUUCUCUGAUACAGAGCAGAAUUGACAGUUCCUUAUAUUAAGGUACUUGCCUUACCGUCAAUCCAGGCCCUGUGGCAGCAAAGCAUCCCAAACUAUCACGCUACCACCAUGCUUGGCUGUUGGUAUAAGGUUCUUACUGUGGAAUGCAGUGUUUGGUUUUUGCCAGGCGUAAUGGGACCCAUGUCGUUCACAAAAUUAUACUUUGACUCAUCUGUCCAUAGAACAUUCUUCCAAGAGUCUUGAUGAUCAUCCAGGGUCUUUUUGGCAAAUUUGAAUAAACUUUUUGGAAGAGAUGGGUUUCAUUAUAUCCGGCGAAAACCAACCACAAUCAAGUGUACAUGAAAAUGGUUUAAAUGCAAGAAAUUUGAAGUUUUUGAAUAGCCUAGUCAAAGUCCAGACAAAUCCCAAAUGAGAUGUUGUCGCAGGACUUGAAACGAGCAGUUCAUGCUUGAAAAACCGUCAAUGUUGCUGAGUUAAAGCAGUUCUGCAUGCUAGAGUUGGCCAAAAUUCCUCCACAGCGACGUGAGAGACUGAUCAACAACUACAGGAAGCAUUUGGUGGCAGUCAUUGCAGCUAAAGGUCGCACAACCAGUUAUUAAGUGUAAGGGGGCAAUUCAUUUUUCACCCCUUUGAAUUUGGUUCGGAAGGUAACCUGCUGGUUAGAGCAUUGGGCCAGUAACUGAAAGGUUUCUGGAUCGAAUCCCCGUGCUGACAAGGUAAAAAUCUGUCAUUCUGCCCCUGCACAAGGCAGUUAGCCCACUGUUCCCCACUAGGCCGUCAUUGUAAAUAAGAAAUUGUUCUUUUAACUGACUUACGUAGUUCAAUAAAAAAAUCUAAAAUUGAGUGUUGCAAUACUUUGUUAAAUAGAUCAAAUAAGUGUCCAUUUUUUUGGUAUUUAUAAACUCAGGUUCCCUAUUAGGUUUUGAAAUCUGAUUCACUAUUGAAAAUAUACAAAAAUAGAGAAAAUCAGAAAGGGGGCAAAUACUUUUUAUAUAUAUAUAUAUAUAUAUAUACACGCACACAGUAUAUCAAAAUUCAAAAGUUUGGACACACCUACUCAUUCAAGGGUUUUCCUUCAUGUUUACUAUUUUCUACAUUUUAGAAUAAUAGUGAAGACAUCAAAACUGUAAAUAACACAUAUGGAAUCAUCUAGUAACCAAAAGAGUGUUAAAACAAGUCAAAAUAUAUUUUAGAUUUUAGAUUCUUAAAAGUAGCCACCCUUUGCCUUGAUGACAGCUUUGCACACUCUUGGCAGUCUCUCAACCAGCUUCCCCUGGAAUGCUUUUCCAACACUCUUGAAGGAGUUCCCACAUAUGCUGAGAACGUGUUGGCUGCUUUUCCUUCACUCUGCAGUACAACUCAUCCCAAACCAUCUCAAUUGGGUUGAGGUCGGGUGAUUGUGGAAACCAGGUCAUCUGAUGCAGCACUCCAUCACUCUCCUUCUUAGUGAAAUAGCCCUUACACAGCCUGGAGGUGUGUUGGGUCAUUGUCCUGUUGAAAAACAAAUGAUAGUCCCACUAAGCACAAACCAGAUGGGAUGGUGUAUCGCUGCAGAAUGCUGCUGUGGUAGACAUGCUGGUUAAGUGUGCCUUGAAUUCUAAAUGAAUCACCAACAGUGUCACCAGAAAAGCACCAUCACACCACCUCCUCCAUGCUUCAUGGUGGGAACCACACAUGCAGAGAUCAUCCGUUCACCUACUCUGCGUCUCACAAAGACACGGCUGUUAGAACCAAAAAUCUCAUAUCUGGACUCAUCAGACCAAAGGACAUAUUUCCACUCAUCUAAUGUCCAUUUACCCCUUUUUUCUACCCAAUUUUGUGGUAUCUAAUUGGUAUUUAGUCUUGUCGCAUCGCUGUAACUCCCAUACGGACUCAGGUGAGGCGAAGGUCGAGAGGCGUGCGUCCUCCGAAACACAACCCAACCAAGCCACACUGCUUCUUGACACAAUGCCCACUUAACCCGGAAGCCAGCCGCACUAAUGUGUCUGAGAAAACACCGUACACCUGGCGACCGUGUUAGAGUGCACUGUGCCCGGACCGCCACAGGAGUCGCUAGUGCGCGAUGGGACCAGGACAUACCUGCCGGCCAAACCCUUCCCUAACCUGGACGACGCUGGGCCAAUUGUGUGCCUCCCCAUGAGUCUCCCCAUUAGUUGCCCAAAAGAACCUGGACUCGAACCAAGAAUCUCUAGUGGCACAGCUAGCACUGCGAUGCAGUGCCUUAGAUCACUGCGCCACUCGGGAGGCCCCUUUGCUCAUAUUUCUUGGCCCAAGCAAGUCUCUUCUUCGUAUUGGUGUCCUUUAGCAGUGGUUUCUUUGCAGCAAUUUGACCAUGAAGGCCUGAUUCACACAGUCUCCUCUGAACAGUUGAUGUUGAGAUGUGUCUGUUACUUGAACAAUUUCUGCUAAUGAAGGAGGUUUUAUGCCGGCUCUUAUUUUAUUUUUGACAAGCGCGUGUCUGCAACAACACACGCCUCCUUCACUCUAUCUCAGUACUCUCAUCAACUAUAGAUUUUUGGGCUCAUGCAUUAAAAAAAAGGUUUUCCUACUUACAAAGCAUGUAGAGGUCUGUCAUUUUUUUUAUCAUAGUUACACUUCAACUGUGAGAGACGGAAUCUAAAACAAAAAUCCAGAAAAGCCCAUUGUAUGAUUUUUAAGUAAUGAAUUUAUUUAUUUUUCAUGUUUAUAAAAGACUAACUGUUUUAGUGUGGGGAAAACAACCAGGUUCUAUUUUGUAUAGGGUAUCUCUGCAGCAGAGAUAACUCUGGGUCUUCUUUUCCUGUGGUGGUCCUCCAUGAGAGCCAGUUUCAUCAUAGCGUUUGAUGGUUUUUGCGACUGCACUUAAAGAAAUUUUAAAUGUUCUUGAAAUGCUCCAUAUUGACUGACCUUCAUGUCUUAAAGUAAUGAUGGACUGUCAUUUCUCUUUGCUUAUUUGAGCUGUUCUUGCUGUAAUAUGGACUUGGUCUUUUACCAAAUAGGGCUAUCUUCUGUAUACCAACAAUACUUGCCACAACACAACUGAUUGGCUCAAAAGUAAAAAUGUACUUUUAACAAGGCACACCUGUUAAUUGAAAUGCAUUCCAGGUGACUACCUCGUGAAGCUGGCCGAGAGAAUGCCAAGAGUGUGCAAAAAGCUGUCAUCAAGGCAAAGGGUUGCUUCUUUGUAGAACUUCAAAUAUAAAACCCUCCACUGGUUUCUCGGGCUCAGUGCUAGUGAAUGACACUCAACCUGUCUUCAUCAUAAGGGAGGUUUCUGAGUCAAAGGUGAACAAGGUGAUUAGCUCACUAAAGAACUCUAAAGCCAAAGAUGUGUUUGGGAUGGACUCUACCUUUCUUAAAAACUACAAAGAGUCACUCAUUGGCCCCAUUACUAAGGUCACCAACACAUCUAUUGGUCUCGGUGUGUUUCCAAGGGUAUGGAAGUCGGCCAUAAUAACGGCCAUCUUUAAAUCAGGCGACCCUGCUGAUGUGAGUAACUACAGGCCCAUUAGUAUACUACCUGUGGUGUCAAAGGUUGUUGAAAAGUGUGUAGCAGAACAACUGAUUGCCCACCUCAACAACAGCCCCUUCACAUUACACUCCAUACAGUUUGGCUUCAGAGCGUGCCCCAAGGGUCAAUACUGGGGCCCCUCCUGUUCAGCCUGUACAUUAAUGAUCUGCCUUCUGUCUGUACUGGGUCUGAAGUUCAAAUGUAUGCAGAUGAUACAGUGAUAUAUGUGCAUGCAAAGAGCAAACAACAAGCUGCACAAGAACUCACUACUGUAAUGGUCCAGGUUACAAAGUGGCUCAGUGACUCGUGUUUGCAUCUCAAUGUGAAAAAAACUGUUUGCAUGUUCUUCACAAAGAGGGCAACAGAUGCUACUGAGCCAGAUGUCUAUGUGUCAGGGGAGAAGCUCCAGGUGGUAUCCGAUUUUAAGUACCUUGGCAUCAUACUUGAUUCCAACCUCUCUUUUAAAAAGCAUGUGAAAAAGGUAAUUCAAAUAACCAAAUUCAACCUAGCUAAUUUCCGAUUUAUACGAAAUUGUUUGACUACAGAGGUAGCAAAACUGUACUUCGAAACUAUGAUACUCCCCCACUUAACAUACUGCUUGACUAGUUGGGCCCAAGCUUGCUGUACAACAUUAAAACCUAUUCAGUCUGUCUACAAACAGGCUCUCAAAGUGCUUGAUAGGAAGCCCAAUAGCCAUCAUCAUUGUCACAUCCUUAGAAAGCAUGAGCUCUUGAGUUGGGAAAAUCUUGUGCAAUACACCGACGCAUGUCUUGUAUUCAAGAUCCUUAAUGGCCUGGCUCCCCCUCCACUCAAUAUUUUUGUUAAACAGAAAACCCAGACAUAUGGCAGCAGAUCCACAAGGUCUGCCAUGAGAGGUGACUGUAUAGUUCCCCUAAGGAAAAGCACCUUUAGUAAAUCUGCAUUCUCUGUGAGAGCUUCCCAUGUCUGGAAUACACUGCCAUCAGACACACAUAACUGCACCACAUAUCACACUUUCACAAAAUGCUUGAAGACAUGGCUAAAGGUCAAUCAGAUUUGUGAACAUGGUCCCUAGCUGUGUGUUGCCGCUUUCCAUGUUGUCUGUUGUCUGUAGCUUGUGAGGUGUGGAAACACUUUGUUGCUUUUAUGAAUUUUGUAUUGCUGCUUUUUGUUCUGUCUGUAUGCUACGUCUUGCUUGUCCUAUGUUGCUCUGUCUGUAUGCUAUGUCUUGCUUGUCCUAUGUUGCUAUGUCUUGCUUGUUCUAUGCUGCUAUUGUCUAUAUUGUAAUUGUUUUUAAUAACCUGCCCAGGGACUGCGGUUGAAAAUUAGCCGGCUGGCUAAAACCGGCACUUUUACUGAAACGUUGAUUAAUGUGCACUGUCCCUGUAAAAAUAAACUUAAACUCAAACUCAAACUCAAACUCAAAUAUAUUUAGAUUUGUUGAAAAAAAAAUUGGUUACUACAUGAUUCCAAUGUAGAAAAUAGUGCAAAUAAAUAACCCUUGAAUGAGUAGGUGUGUUAAAACUUUUGACUGGUACUAUAUAUCAAUGCCUACUUUAAUUUAAUUUCAUAAACAAGAAUGAUCAUUUUUUUCUUUACAAUUGGGCAUUAUGCAAAAAAUAAAAUAGCACCUCAUCAGUGGAUGACAUUUUGUCUUAUAGUUACAGUGUAAGCUAUGUAGCAAAUAUGUAUCAAGUGUAAAAUAUUUAUAUGUGCCAUUCAGAUAUUCAAAACAUUAUUGGUAAACUUUCUAUAGACAAUCUUGUACAGUCUAUUGUCUUUUAGGUUCAAUAUGAUUUUGUCACAUGGAAACAUUUUAAUCAUUUUAUCAACGUCAUUAAAAUGGUAGUUAAUCUUU